AUGUCGGGAAACUUUUCAAGUAUCGCCGCAUCCAAUGCUGCUGUUAAUGAGCUUACGUCGGAAGUUGACAGUUUGUACCUUGAACAAUAUGCCUUCACCACUUCGGCAGCUAUUGUUGGUUCUCUUAAUAAAAGCGUAUUUGUGCUCCUCAGAGACGGAAGAAACUUAUUUGGUAUAUUAAGAACAUUUGACCAAUAUGCGAACCUUGUUAUACAGGAUACUACUGAACGGGUGUAUCUUUUAGAAGAGAAACAAUAUGGGGAAAUCUUCCAGGACAACUUUUUGAUCAGAGGGGAAAAUGUAGUGAUGUUUGGAGAACUUGAUUUGGAUGCUGAAGAUGAUCAUUUGAAAGAAUUUACGAAGAUUGACUACAAAGAAGCAAAUGCCAAAUUGAAUAAGAAAAACGAAGAGAAAAUAAAGAAGGGCCGCGAGCAUACCAAGACCUACCUCCAGCAAGGUUUCACAAGCGACUUCUCGAAAGCUGAUUUGUAUUAA